UGUUGUAGAAUUUUAGGUGGUUUCAACCCUACUCGCAAAUUGAAGUCUCUCUCUCUCUCUCUCUCUCUCUCUCUCUCUCUCUUUUCUUCUCUGCAUUGGUUCUCUUUUCUGCACUAUGGGCAAAAAUUUGGUCUCUGACGAUGAAGUUCGUGAAGAGGAGUUGGAACUCGACGAAGAUGGAGAGCCCAUUGAGGGAGACACACUCCAUGAUCGCGACCCUGACGAUGACGAAGAAGAAGACGAUGAGGGGCAAGAUGAGUAUGAGAAUGAUGAAUUCAUAGUUGAUGUGGUAGAUGAAGCUGAAGAGAGGGAAGAUAGCGAUGAGGAGAGGCGGGAAAAAAAGAAAAAGAGAAAGAAGAACAAAACUGAGGCCUUGACGAAGAUGACUAUGAGCUCCUCCGGGAGAAUGACGUCAAUGUACCAAAGGUUGUUAGAUUUGUUUCCCUCCCCUGAAGAAAUAACAACUGAUGAUUGUUAAGUUCUAUGAGUGAAAUUUUAUCUUGGUAGCAAGAAAUUUAAGCGGCUAAAAAAGGCUCGAAGGGAUUUAGAUGAGGAACAAUAUGGGUUCUGUGACGAUGAGUUUGAUGGAAGCAUGAAUGGUGGAGCAAAUACUGAGGAAAAGCUUAAGUGUACCUUAUUUGGCGAUGAUGAUGGGCAACCUCUCGAAGAUAUUCCUGAAGAUGAAGAACAAAUAGAAGAGGAAGGGGAUGGAGAUAUGGGUGAAGAAGAUAAAAUGGCAGACUUUAUUGUAGAAGAAGAUGAUGUGCCUGGGGAUUCUGUUAGGUACAACCUAUGCACUGCAUGGAUAUGCCGAUCCCUUUAUACUUUAAUUUUGGAAUCUUGGAGUAACUUGUUUUGUAGAUGGAAGAAGAUGAAGAAUAAGAAAUCAGGGCAUGCAUUUGAUGUUUCACCAUCUGCUUUAAAGGGAGCUCAAGACAUAUUUGGUGAUGUUGAUGAACUCCUGCAGCUACGCAAACAGAGAUUAGAUUAUAGUGAUCAGAAAGAAAGGAGACUUGAAGAUAAAUUUGAACCCACUGUUCUUUCUGAAAAGUAUAUGACGGUAAAGGAUGAUGAAAUUCGGACGAUUGAUAUUCCAGAAAGAAUUCAGAUUUUUGAGGAAAGCACUGGCAGUCCUCCAAUGGAUGAAGAGAGCAACUGGAUGCAUAAACAGCUUACAAGUAGUGCAAUACUGUUAUUUGGUAAAGAAAGGACGGAUCUUUCUAUAAACAAGGAUGACGUCCUGAGGUUUUUGGACCUAACACAUGUCCAGAACCUUAACCCUUACUACCAUGAGGAGCGAAGCUGCGUACAGAGUGACCAAGAGAAAGUUUGUAAAGAGAGGGAGAUGGCUAAGAAACCUUUUAUGCUGAGGAUGAUUGUCCAUCCAUGCUUUCAAAAUAUUACAGCUAAUGAAGCUAUUGAGUCCUUAUCUGAUAAGGAUCCUGGGGAAAACAUUAUCCGUCCCAGUUCUCGUGGUCCUUCUUUUCUAACUUUAACUCUCAAACUUUGUGAUGGAGUUUAUGCUCACAAAGAUAUAGUUGAAGGUGGAAAAGAACAUAAGGACAUUACCAACCUGCUAUGCAUUGGGAAGACAUUGAAAAUUGGGGAAGACACUUUUGAGGAUUUGGAUGAGGUAAUGGAUCGAUAUGUUGACCCCCUUGUGUCUCAUCUAAAGGCAAUGCUGAGUUAUCGCAGGUUCAGGAAGGGAACUAAAGGAGAGGUUGAUGAGCUUCUUAGGAUUGAGAAAUCAGAGUAUCCUAUGAGAAUAGUGUAUUGCUUUGGCAUUUCUCAUGAACAUCCUGGCACUUUUAUUCUUACUUAUAUACGGAGUUCGAAACCACAUCACGAGUAUAUUCGCUUAUAUCCCAAGGGAUUCAAGUUCCGAAAAACGAUGUACGAGGACAUCGAUCGUCUGGUUGGUUAUUUUCAGAAGCAUAUUGAUGAUCCACAGCAUGAGUCGGGGCCCUUGUAACACUUCUUAUAAGACGUAAAUUAUUUUUUUAUAAUAUACUUUUGACCAGAAAUUUGUAAGAUUUAAUUAAUAUUUUUGUUAUAACUUUAUAAAAUUCACAAAUUAUUUUUAUAAUAUAA